GACUCCAGUUUCUGUGCAACCGUGCACUCUUGCAAUGUUCGUGAAGAAGGAGGACGAGAAGUGCAACUGCUCGAUGAAAACGGUUGUGCUGUUGACAGGUACCUUCUCAAUAAUCUCGAAUACACAUCCGACCUGACAGGUGGACAAAUGUCCCAGGUUUUCAAAUUCGCUGACCAGCCUUCUCUGUUUUUCCAGUGCCAGAUUCGAUUAAGCCUAAAAGAGGGACCAGUUUGCAAGCGUUCAUCGGAUGACUGCCCGAAGACUCUUCGUGGAAAGCGUUCUACGGAUAUGGAAGAGAACAAUGUUGAUGUCAUAUCCCAACACAUGACAGUCUUCGAUAUCGAUGACACAACAGGUCCAACAACGUCUCGGCAGGAAGAGAAACGUGGAGACAUCUGCAUUUCACCGCUUGCUGCUGGAUCUUUGUUAUCCCUUUUUGCCUCAACUGUAAUGAUUUGUGUGCUAUCAAUCGUGACGUUGAACUGCCGAAAAGAGUCCGCACAUCAUAAACUCGUGGAUUAA